AGUAAAAAGUUUAUUAUACUUUCAUGUCAUUUAAUAAUGAACAGAACUGUGGUCAUUCUGUCAUUCGAUGACAAUGUCAUUUCUAUAUAAUUUUUAUAAUAAAACAGCAUGAAAAUGCAAAAAAUAACAGAAAAUCAUAAUAAAAUUGAAAAUCUCAAGGAAGAUGAUCAAGCGUAUCUAGAAAGAAACAAACACUUAUAUGUUGCUGGGAAAAUAAGCGGAAUAGCUCUUAAAACCAUUUUAAAAUCUGCUAAGUAUUGUUUCAUACCAUCAGUUUCAGCUGCUGCAAAAGAUGAUACUCCUAAAAAACCUCCACCGAUGAAAUACAAGGAUCUACCCAUAUACGACAGCCCUCAUCAUCGCUGGAAGGAGUUCGAAAAUGACAAAAUCAGAUGCCCAGACCGAAAAGUCACACACGAAUUCCUACUACCAACAGUAACGGAAUACCGCAAGCAAGUAUCAGGAAUAAUCAACACAGCUACUAAAGAAAUGAAAGAUACUUAUCAAGAAAUCAGUAGAGAUUAUAGAUCAGCUGAAAAGAAGAUCUUGAACAAAAUGAGAUGUCCGGAUAAAAUUAAUCAGCGUAUGGCUUUCGUAGCUGCAGCAGGUAUAGCUGGUUUUGUGAAAGGCAAAUCUAUACCUAGACGUAUAUUUUUAUCUAGUGUCCUCUUAUUUGUGACUGGAUCUAUGUGCUUCCCGAAAGAGACUGAUGAAGCCACUAGAACAGUUCUGUAUAUGCUUGGGAAGGCGUUUGUGCCCAUGUACAACUUCUAUUUUCGUACUGAUUGGUUGAUGAGGGAAAGAGUACCAUGUGAAAGAGAUCUGCCUAAGAUACCUACUCCACCUACGAAGCCUUUGCCUGCUUGUGCACCGAAAAAGUAAAUAUUUUUAAUUGUUUUUUUAAUAUCAAAUGGUUUCUUAAAUAUUGGUUUUUACACAGUUUUUGGAAAAUAUGCAACUUUAUUGAU